CUGUUUAUACAUCUUUUUCAGUGCUCAAAACCGAAGCACAGUACUCCUUGUUCUGCAAUUACAGAGAUAAGGAAGUGUACUCAACUGGAGAUGCCAGACAACAUAAACACUUUUGUACUAAAGGUCAACAGCUUCUUAGAAGUUAUUUUUGAAGCUAGCAAUGAUCAGCAGUUGAAUUUAUGGACAACAGAUAUUAGAGAAUGUAUAAACGCAUGGUCUGAUGGAGCUGAUGUGGAACUGCUUACUGCUCCCCACUCCAGCAGCAUGCAGACAGUCUCUGUUGAUGGAAGCACAGAUUCUGUACACCAAGGAGCUGCCCAUCAUUGCUUGACAGAACAGCCCUAUCAAAAGACAGACCGACUGUUCUCAUCCUAUGCCUGGUUUCAUGGUCCAAUCUCCCGAUUUAAAGCAGCACAGCUGGUACAGAUUCCAGGAACUGAGGGUCAUGGGGUAUUCCUUGUGCGUCAAAGUGAAACACAGCGGGGAGAGUAUGUCCUCACGUUCAACUAUCAAGGGAGAGCCAAGCAUCUCCGACUGCUUGUCACAGAAAGAGGACAGUGCCUAGUCCAACACUUCUGUUUCCAGUCUGUCACAGAAAUGCUGAACUAUUUUGGAAGGUUUGCAAUACCGUUGGAGUGUGGCACAACCUGUGAAGUCAAACUGUCGAGCUAUGUCGUGGCGUUCCCUCACCAGCAAGGAUCUCAUUGUCCAAUCAACGCAUCAGUGUUGCCGUUUUCUGUUCACCGCUGGAAUUCUGAACCCAGUCUUGCUCACUUGGCUCCUUCCAGCUGCAAUGCAUCGGAGCCUCUUUCCCGACCAGCUCCAGAACAGGUGUUCCACAUGGUGCCCCCGCCUGAGGAAUCUCUUCCAGCUCUGCGGCGAAGUGGCUCUGUGCUUGUGCCAAUACGGCAGCAACGAGACUCAGACUAUGAAAUGGAAUCGGCUGCCAGAGGUCAAUCACGGGCCAUUGACAAUCAGUAUAUGUUUCUUUGAUUAUGUGGCUGAAGACAACUGGUGUACACUUAUGAAAGUGUGCCAUCGUUAAGUUUUUACAACACUGAAACAUUUUCAGGUUUGCUUCAAAAACUGAAUGUAUUUCUUUUCAUGGAGGCAGCCUUAAGAAACCUUCAGGGCAAAUAAGUGUUUGCUUUGAAAUGGCCUCUUCUACCAUUAGGCCUGUUGAAGGGCCUGUUUACAAUAUUAUUAAAUUGUAUAGCUUUGUUUUGAAUUUCUCUUUAAAAAAAAUAGGUAUCUUGAAUUAUAAAUUGGAAAUAUAGAAAAUACUUUUCCCAUUAGUUUAAUUUUGCUUUUGUAAAAAUUGUAUAUGAAUUGAAUAUAAUUUUAAGCAUAUUUCUUUAUAUAAUAUCUGUGUAUUUCCAGUAACCUUUCUAAAAUUAUUCUAAGAAAAACUUUAACUUAAUUGCUUAAUGACAGUAAUGGCCAAUGAAUGAAAGUACAGUUAUUGGGCUUAUUGCAUUUUAAAAUAAUUUUACAACUGUUCUGAUGUGUUUAGUUAAAGUAGGUUUCUGUAAUGAGGAUCUCCUCAUUCUUUCUGCUUCCGUGCUUUUCGCUUAAAGUUUAACUGACAGUUCAGGUAUGUACUUCAGUAAUUUAAAUACACAAGUUAGAUUGUGAACACUAAAGUGUUUUGAGAAUUCUUUUUAUUUUGAAAAUCACUGGGUACAACCUGACGUCUUAUUUUCCAUCAUGAAAUAGCAGAGAAUUUCUCAUUACAGGAUUAGGUGCAUAGUUUUGGAUAGAAUUACAUGAACAUAUCUUCUGCAUUGCUGCUGCUUUAUCAAGGCAGGAAUAUUACGCCAAUAAGUAGAAUGCAGGCACAUGUCUUUCUAAGGUAAGAAAUCCGAAGAAUGGUGGAUUUACAUAUAGUUUAGGUUGCAGAUAGAAAAUCUGGCUUGCUAAAACAAAAACUGCAGAGGCUAAAAUAUUCAAUAGGUCUGGCUGUGGAGAGAGGAACAGUUAAUAUUUUGGAUUGAACAAAACCUGAUUUUGUAUUUUGUAGUCUAGUUAAUUAAGAAUUUGUACACCGUGAGGAACCAAUAUUGUUUGGGGAUGAUCACUGGCUGUUUAUGAAGAGCUGCACACAGACACUUAAAGUGUUUCCUUAACUGUAAGAAUUGCUGUCUGAAAUUGUUUACAAUUUCCCUACAUUUACCCCAAUCUUAGAUCUUUUCUGUUGUCUUAAAUUAUAUCCAUUGUUUAAUAGUUCUUUGUGAUCUGGUGAAGGUCUUAAAAACCAGGAUGUGAGCUAAUGAUUGUGGAAAGAAUGAUCCAAUAACAUUUUUUGGCAUAAUGUUGUCUAGUAAACUUUUUGAGGGUGGAAUAACAUUAUUUAUGCUUUGAGUAAUACAUGAAAUAUGUGAUUAAUUAUUAUAUGUGUCACUGAUGGUAAUUAUAUAGGUUUCUGGGUGAUCCAAAAAAUAAAACUAGUCUAAAUACCUGAUGAUCCAUCUGCCAUAAUCAACUAGCUUUCCAUUAACUCUGAAAGACACAGUAAUGACAUCUUAAAGACUUGAAGGGACAGAGAAAAUUACACACUGCUGUACUUCAGCAGCAGAAUGAUACACGGUAUUAGUUGGUUAAUUUCUUUAACCUUUUAAAACAACUUACUUUUUAACUACCUUUUUGCAGUAGUCCAUUCUUCAAUAACAUGAUGUUGUGUUCUUGUGCAACCCUGUGUUAUAGAAAAAUCGCGCUUAAGAAACAGCGCUUAAUGUUGGCGAUGUAAUCGUGUUACAGCCAACACAAGUUUAAAAGUCUGUGCUGAGGAAAUAAUGUCCCCAAUUAGUCAAUCGUAUUACAGCGAAUUUGUGUUGAUGAAACGUGUGUUAUAGCAGAAUGACCUGUACCAUUAUAACGUGAAACUAUUAGUAAAUUUUUAAAAGUGUAAGUAAUUCAUCAGUUACAACGUUGCAAUUUGGAAAGCAGCAUAAGCCAACUAUCUUGUUUAAUUUUACUAGCAGAGUGUUUAUUCAGUUAAUAAAAAUAAGUGCAUUUCUCCAGCUAGUGGUUUUUUUGUAAAACCUUAAUUAUGCUAUUAAUUUUUU